AUGAAGCUUCUUACCAAAGCAGAGGAGGAUGCUCACUACAGCUCCGUCCUCAAGUACGGCACAUUGGGAGGCUUCGCUGGUCUCGCAGCUGGAGCAGCUGGUGUUCUUCUUGCCUCGAAACGCUACCACACAAUCCGUCAUCUCACCAUCCCCAUGAAAGCUUUCCUAGUGACCUCAUCGGGAACUUUCGUCGGCAUCAUCGCGGCCGAUCAUGGAUCCCGCGAGUUCGAAAAGCAAAACAACGCCGAACGCAUGUGGUACGAGAACCGUGAGCAGCGCCUCCGUAUCGAAGAAUCCCGCGGCCUCAGCAUUUCCGAUCGCGUCGUCGCCUUCGCCCGCCGCGAGAAAUACAAGAUCGUCGGCGCCACCUGGGUCGCCUCCAUGAUUGGUUCCUUCGUGCUGGUCGGUCGCAGCCCUCACCUCUCCGGUCAGCAGAAGCUCGUACAGGCCCGUGUCUACGCCCAGGGUCUCACGCUCGGUGUUCUGUGCGCGUCUGCUGCGUUUGAGAUCUCGGAUCAGCGUCGCGGUCGGGGUAUGCUCGACUCGAAGAAGGGUGACAAGCUAGCUCAGCGGGCUGAGGCUGCGGAGUCCGUUCCCGCGCACCAUGUUUCAAAGGAUGAGGGCGAUCUCUGGAAGGAGAUGGUUGCUGCUGAGGAGCAGCGUUUGAAUUCUAAGCAUCAGACCCUGAGCUUGAAGAGUGAACACGACGCCGCCGAAAAGAGAAAGCAUGCCCACGAGGCCAAGGCUGAGAAGCCUAAGCAAGAGAGCCAAGAGCAUGAGAAGGCUCCCGCUAAGGAGGAAUCCGAGUCUGAGGAGACCAAGAGUGACGAUGAAGACGAGAAGAAGGUCGAAGGCGAGAAGAAGGCUUAA